GGAGCUUAUCCAUACUCAUUGGUCUUCUCGAUGGCUAUGAUGAUCACCAACACACCAUAAGCAAAGUUUGGAUCGAAUAAGACGCUAAGUACAUUUAUCUGUACAGUCUAUAAUAUGCACGCUGACACGUACUAAACUACACUUAAGCAUAGUAGAGGAAUUAUGUGAGGCCCAAAUACACUCACCUGCUGGUUUGCUACGAGAGUAUGCGUCACUUAAUCCAGGACAACGUUAUAUCUAUUCCUUGAUAUAGACGUUGCCUAGAGUCUACGUUGGCAAUUUUUGAUAUGUUCAAGGUGCCAAGUACGGGUAUCAUCAGUGUUAAUAGGCAGCUAAGGAGUUUCAACAUCUCUGAAGAAUUGCCAAUACUUGAGUCCUCGAACGUUUUGAAGGACAGCGCCCAAGAACGUCGUCGCGAGAAUGAUAGGACAGUACUACCAUCCAACGGAUUCGAUAUGACUCUUCAUAUACUUCGAGUCCUAGACGCCAGACCAGUAAGCCAUAACAUGGUCUCCGUAUAUAUUGAGGAAUUUUCAGGUUUAACAUUCCGCUUGGGCCAGACCGAGGUAUCUCUAACUUUCAAUUGACUGCGUCCACGUAUCCAGAAAACCCCUGAGCUGACGCUAUGCAAGAUGCUGGGGAAAAGACACGAUAACAGCUAAGGUGACUAGGCCAUUCCGUAGAGUAAGCCAGAUAUGAGGGGAGCCUUGAGUAGGACUUGGCCAGUUGGGAGUCAGAGACACAGUCACGGU